AUGUCUAAAAACGAAUAUUUUAAUACACCAGAAGGUCCACCACCUACUUUUAAUCAAAGUCAAUCAUCACAACCACCACAAAAUAAAAGUUCAAAUUAUGUACCACAACCUCAACCUCAAUAUAAUCAUCAACAACAAGAUAGAGCAUUUGGAUUUAAUAAUCAUCAUCAACAACAAGGAUAUGGACAAGGUCCUCCACCAAAUGCUUAUUAUCAACAUCAACAACCUCAUUAUGGUCAACAAUAUGGUCAUCCACCUCAAGGUUAUUAUCCUCAACAACAACCAAUGUAUGUUCAACAACAAAAAUCAAGUAAUAAUAGUGAUUGUCUUAUGGGUUGUUUAGCUGCUAUGUGUAUAUGUUGUACUUUAGAUAUGAUGUUUUAA